AACCUGAGAGACUAAUUAUAUUAUCCAGUUCUUGUUGUUUGCUGGAUUGAAAUGGCUGCAGCUACUCCUGCAAUAAGCUCAGCUCCACGUGUACCUCUGCAACACUGCUCAUCCUUUCUUCAUGGGAUUGCCUUGCCAUCUUCCUCUUCUACUCUCUGUCCUCCUUCAAGAAGCUAUAUUCAACCUUCAAAGAGAUUCUUUGUUUUUUGGAAGCGAAUGGAAGAAGCUAUCAGAAUUAAAAGGGAGCGUGAGCGUAAUAAGUUAUUAGCAGCUUCAACAAAAAGAUUACCUUUGAAGCGUGGAAAGGUAUCACCACGUCUUCCAGUCCCUGACCACAUACAAAAGCCUCCUUAUACAAGUUCAAAUUUUUUACCAGAAACUUCAAGAGAGUAUCAAAUUCACGAUGCUGAAGGACUUUUUAAAAUGAGAGCUGCAUGCAAGCUUGCUGCCCAGGUCUUGGACUAUGCGGGAACGUUGGUUAGGCCAUCAGUGACAACAAACGAAAUUGAUGAAGCUGUGCACCAAAUGAUUAUUGAAGCUGGUGCUUAUCCUUCACCACUUGGCUACGGGAGUUUCCCAAAGAGUGUGUGCACCUCAGUAAAUGAGUGCAUGUGCCAUGGCAUACCUGACUCUCGGAAACUUGAGGAUGGAGACAUCAUCAACAUCGACGUCACAGUAUACUUGGACGGUUAUCAUGGUGAUACAUCCAAGACUUUUCUGUGUGGCAAUGUUGAUGAUGUAACAAAAAAGCUUGUGAAGGUAACGGAAGAGUGCUUGCAAAUAGGCAUUUCUGUCUGUAAAGAAGGCGCUCCUUUCAGAAAUAUUGGAAAUAGUAUCAGUGAACAUGCUGAAAAGUUUGGUUAUGGCGUGGUGGAUCGGUUUGUUGGACAUGGUGUAGGGACUGUUUUUCAUUCUGAGCCAUUUAUAUAUCAUGAUCGAAAUAGAAAGCCCGGAACAAUGGUUGAAGGAAUGACUUUUACGAUUGAGCCAAUUCUUACACUGGGAAGCAUCGAGUGCAUAACAUGGGCAGAUAAUUGGACAACUCUGACAGCUGAUGGCAGCCCUGCAGCACAAUUUGAGCACUCAAUUUUGAUUACCAAAAGUGGUGCAGAAAUUUUGACUCAAACUUAAAUCGAUAUAUUACGUUCUUUGUCUCCCAGCAGGAUGUGGUUACAACUUGCAUGCAAGUAGGCAGUUACAGGCUUCUUGUAUCUAAAUCGUUCAUCAUGGACGAAAACUGGAAUUCCCAGUUGCAUUGGCUGUAAUAAUUUCUUGACACAUCAAUUUGUUACAGUGCAGAUAGAUUAGAUAUACAUCGUCACACGGGAUUAGUGACGAUAAUGUUAUAAAACAGGAUGAUCUCUUGAAGCAGAAAAGUUAUAGCAGAGAUGGCUAUUCAUAUCGGUCUGCACAUAUCGUCUUCCGGCCUAGUGAUUAUAGGCAGACCACUUCUUGGUUGAUGCACAUGUAUAGCAUUUGGUGUAAAGAGCCUCAGAAAUUUUUUUAUUUUGUAAUUAGCUGACUGAAGGAAGCUAAUUAUAUACUACUUUUUCUAGUCAUAGAACUCUACAAUAAGCUUGUGCUAUAUAUGUCAAGGAAAAUUUAUCUGAAUUAGAAAAAUAAUAUCAAAAUAUCAUGUUUUCUUUUAGUUUAAA